AUGUUGGUCCACAUCUGGCUUCUCUGUGGUCUGAGUAUUGUUGUGACCCCACAGGAUGUCACACAAGAAGCCCAGAUGUUUCUGGAUGAGUUUAAUGUUAAAGCAGAAGACAUCAGCUAUGAAAGCUCCCUUGCUUCAUGGAACUACAACACCAACAUUACUGAAGAAACAUCCAUAAAAAUGAGUGAGGCGGAUGCCAAGUGGUCUGCAUUUUAUGAUGAAGCCUCGAGGAACGCCAGCAAAUUCCCAUUAACUGACAUUAAGGAUGAUCUCAUCAAACUCCAGAUUCAAUCUCUCCAGGACAGAGGAUCAUCUGUGCUAUCAGCAGAGAAAUAUUCCAGACUGAGCACUGUAUUAAAUACAAUGAGUACCAUCUACAGUACUGGAACAGUCUGUAAACCUAGUGAUCCAUCUAACUGUUUGGUGCUGGAACCAGGUCUGGAUGCUAUUAUGGCUGAAAGCACUGAUUAUCAUGAGAGACUGUGGGCUUGGGAAGGCUGGAGGGCUGGUGUUGGCAGGAUGAUGAGACCAUUAUAUGAAGAGUAUGCUGAUCUUAAAAAUGAGGCUGCAAAGCUUAAUGGUUAUUCUGACUAUGGAGAUUACUGGAGAGCAAAUUAUGAAGCAGACAAUCCAGCUGAGUAUGAAUACAGUCGUGACCAGCUGAUUGAAGAUGUGGAGAAGACAUUUGAUCAGAUAAAACCAUUAUAUGAGCAGCUGCAUGCCUAUGUGAGGCACAGGCUGGAGCAGGUCUACGGCCCAGAACUCAUCAGCUCAACAGGAUGCCUCCCCGCUCACCUGCUUGGUGACAUGUGGGGUAGAUUUUGGACAAAUCUGUACGCCUUGACCGUUCCUUAUCCGGACAAACCAAACAUUGAUGUAACUUCCGCAAUGGUUCAAAAUAACUGGGAUGCCAUCAAAAUAUUUGAAGCUGCUGAGGCCUUCUUCACCUCUGUUGGGCUCUACAAUAUGACCGAAGGCUUCUGGAAAAACUCCAUGCUCACAGAGCCGACUGAUAACAGGAAGGUUGUUUGCCAUCCUACAGCAUGGGAUAUGGGGAAAAAGGACUACAGGAUCAAGAUGUGCACCAAGGUGACCAUGGAUGACUUCCUGACGGCGCAUCACGAGAUGGGCCACAUCGAGUACGACAUGGCAUACGCGCAUCUGCCUUACCUGCUGAGGAGCGGGGCAAACGAGGGCUUCCACGAAGCGGUUGGAGAGAUCAUGUCACUCUCCGCAGCUACGCCUCAGCAUCUGAAGUCUCUUGGCCUCCUAGAGCCAACGUUCCAGGAGGAUACAGAAACUGAAAUCAACUUUCUGCUCAAGCAAGCACUAACGAUUGUUGGAACUAUGCCUUUUACCUACAUGCUGGAGAAGUGGAGGUGGAUGGUGUUUAACGGUGAUAUCACAAAGCACGAAUGGAAGCGGUGGUGGGAGAUGAAAAGAGAAAUAGUUGGUGUGGUCGAACCUGUACCUCAUGAUGAAACCUACUGUGACCCUGCAGCACUGUUUCAUGUGGCCAACGAUUACUCCUUCAUAAGAUAUUACACCCGGACCAUUUAUCAGUUCCAGUUUCAGGAAGCUCUUUGCAAGGCGGCUAACCACACUGGCCCUCUCCAUACAUGUGACAUUACAAAUUCUACAGCAGCUGGCGAGAAUUUGAGACAAAUGCUUGAAUUAGGCAGAUCCAAGCCCUGGACUGAAGCACUAGAAAGCAUAACAGGAGAGAAAUAUAUGAACGCGACACCCUUGCUCAACUACUUCGAGCCUUUAUUUAACUGGCUGCAAACAAACAAUUCCGGCAGAUCUGUUGGUUGGAAUACAGACUGGACUCCAUACUCUGACAACGCCAUCAAAGUGCGCAUCAGCCUGAAAGCAGCACUGGGGAGCCAGGCGUAUGAAUGGAAUACAAGUGAACUCUUCUUGUUCAAGUCAACCAUUGCCUACGCUAUGAGAAUAUAUUUCUCAAACGUGAAGCAUCAAGAAGUUGACUUCCAGGUUGAAGACAUCCAUGUAGGGCAGGAGACACCAAGGAUCUCGUUCUACUUUACGGUCAGCAUGCCUAGUGAUGUCAGUGACGUCGUUCCCAGAGCGGAUGUGGAGAGUGCCAUCAGGAUGUCUCGGGAACGGAUCAAUGAGGCUUUCAAACUGGAUGAUAACACACUGGAGUUUGAGGGCAUACUUCCAACCCUGGCCACACCUUAUGAACCACCAGUCACUAUCUGGUUAAUUAUAUUUGGGGUGGUCAUGGGCCUGAUUGUCAUUGGUGUUGUUGUCUUGAUCAUCACUGGACAGCGAGAUCGAAGAAAGAGGAAGAGAGAAAAAGCAAAUGAAACAGGAUCAAAAGCAGUGAACCCCUACCGUGAAGAGGGAGAAAGCAACUUGGGUUUUGAACUAUCGGAACAGACAACAUUAUAG